AUGAAAUCACUGUACUGCGCACUGGUAAGGAGUAACUUAGAGUAUGCUUCUGAGGUUUGGAGCCCAAAAUCAAUCACAUUAAUUAAGAAAAUCGAAAGGGUUCAACGCCGAGCAACACGGAUCUUGUUGCCUGAAUUGGAAUAUGUGGAACGUCUCCAACAGUUUGAUGUUCCUCCUCUUUUACACCGUCGAGAGUUGAAGGAUUUAACCACCUUUUACAGGAUGAAACAAGGUUUAUAUAACUGUAAUGUUGACUCCUACGUUGAAUUCUGCUCAGACACAAGAUUACGAUCAACUGCCCAGGGGAAAUUGAAAACCCCUAAAUGCAGAACAGAACAUUUUAGGGCAACUUAUUUUAAUAGAAUAAUGUAUUUAUGGAAUAAUCUACCUGAACAAAUUCGAACUUUCAAUGGUAGUGUGGCCAUAUUUAAGCGUUCUUGUAGAGAGUAUUACAAAACUAUACCGUAUGAUCCUGACCGACCUCGC